UAUCAAUUCAGCCAUCAAAAAUCUCUAAAUUUAUUAUUUACUUUCUUGUUUCCAAUCUUCCAAACAAAACAAAUGGCAAUGAUCAGUAACAAGAAACUCAUCAAAAUGGCUCGGAGAUGGCAGAAGUUUGCAGCCAAGCAGAGGAAGAGGAUUUCAUUUCCAAGAAAUGACAGUGAUUCAGACAGUUGUAGUACGUCUUCAUCGUCUAUAGUAGAAAAAGGACAUUUUGCAGUGUAUACAGCUGAUCAAGUUCGGUUUGUCAUUCCUUUGGCUUACCUUGAAAAUGAAGUCAUUAGGCAACUCUUGAACAUGUCUGAAGAAGAGUUUGGGCAUCCGAGUGGUGGCCCUAUUUCAUUACCUUGUGAUUCAGCCUUCAUGGACUACAUCAUUUUGUUAAUCAAGAAAGGCGUAACUGCAGGAGAUCUUCACAAAGCAUUGCUCCUAUCAAUUCCUUCAUCUUGCUGUUCAACUUCUUCUUUGCACCAAGAAUGUGGAAAUCAGCAGAUUCUUGUUUAUUGAAUCAACAUCAACAUUCUUUCUGUACAUAAUAGCUCAAAAUAUAGUUAUUAGAGACAACGGAGAUUGGAGAGUACACAAUUGUAAAGCAUAUCAUACUGAUUGAAUCUUAUUUAAUCAAGAAAA